AUGUCUCCUCCGGAAUAUGCAAUGACUGGCCAUCUGCUUGUGAAAAGCGAUGUUUACAGCUAUGGUGUAGUUCUCCUUGAACUUCUAACUGGAAGAAAACCCGUAGACUUGUCACAGCCCCCAGGUCAAGAAAAUCUUGUUGCUUGGGCUCGUCCACUCCUCACAAGUAAAGAGGGCUUAAAAGCAAUCCUUGACCCAGCUGUAAAGUCAGAUCUCCAGUUUGAUGGCAUGGCCAAAGUAGCAGCAAUUGCAUCAAUGUGUGUGCAACCAGAAGUAUCCCACCGUCCUUUUAUGGGCGAAGUUGUUCAAGCCUUAAAGCUUGUUUGCAACGAGUUUGAUGAGACAAGGGAGCCCAUAUCAAGAAGCUGCAGCCAAAAAGACUUUUCUAUUGAUAUAGCUAGUAAGCGUAGCACAGCUUCAGGUGAGCUUGUGGAAGCUUCACGGACUGAUUACCCAAUGCUUGGCUAUGAUUCUAUCUUUGAAAGUAAGAUGGCCUUAUCAGCUUCAGAUUUAAGAAGUAUGCUGGCUGGAUUUGAGGGACAUGAAUUUGGGUCUUUUAGGAGGCAAUUUAAUUCUGCUCCUUUGAAAAUGGGGAGGAGGAGACAGUUUUGGCAAAGAUUAAGAGGGCUUUCUAGUGGCAGCAUGAGUGAGCAUGGGUUUUCAGUAAAAUUGUGGCCAGGCUCCCGUUAA